AUGGCACCGGCAGAUCGGAACAAAGCGAGGCAGCAACAGCCAGUUUCAGCAGGCGUUCGCGGGAGGCCUUCUGUGACAGAGGUGUGCAGACGCAUUCACAGCAUGUGGGGCUUUCGAGGUUUCUUUCGAGGCUUGUGGCCUUGCUUGAUUCGCGUCGGACCUGGCACGGGCGUCUACUUUUACUCUUUGGACAUGCUGACCGGCACGUGGGCGUCCUUCUCUGCGGUCUCACGGAAAGCGGCUCAGGCGGCACCUUGGCGCCCCGCCUCAGGGCUCUCUGUGCAUGCAGAGAAGAGCGAGGAGCCGGGAAACGCGGCUGCGGCAGAUGCGAGCAGAUGGGGCCUUCGAGGCGAAUGCGCGUUGGAAACGACUGCCGCACUUGUGCAUGCAGCCGCCGAAGAAACGGCCGGCAGAGGCGUGCUUCUCGAAGGAGAAGAAGAACGCAAGGUGUCCGGGGAGAUCGAGGGCGAUCUGCAGUCGCCCAUGCAGGGAGACUCGGAAAAGGCCCCGCCGUGGUACAACGCAGUUGUCAGCGCCGCGGCCCGAGGCGUCGCAGUCGUGUUCUUCAAUCCCAUCACAGUCGUGAAGUCUCGAGUCGAAAGCUCAUGGAUGACCUCCCGAUCUUCGCCGCCCGUCCGGACACUUAUUUUGGAGAUGUGGCGCACAGAGGGCCCCGCAUCGUUGCUUCGCGGGGCGUGGCUGACGGUGCUCCGCGACGUACCGUUUUCGGGGAUUUUCUUCGGUAUGUACACCUGGUUGCGAACUCAAGUGGGCAUGGACGGUCCCCGCGAAGACAUUUCGCACUUUGCACUGAAGAACUUCUGCUGCGGAGCGUCUGCCGCAGCGCUCGCCUCGGCCGUGACGCAUCCCUUCGAUGUGGUCCGAACGCGGAUUCAGCUGUACGGACUGUACGUGGCACAGCGCAACACGCACGGCGCCGGGUUUGCGGCCCCAGCGGGAAGUCGACCGGUCUCGGUUCCGCCGCAAAAGUGCGGUUCCGAGAAUCUGCGUGGCCAGGCAGGCCCAGAGUCGGCCACGGCGACCAGAGGGGGCGGCGCACGCGAUGCAAAGGGUGUCGAUCUCACCAUGAGGAAAAUGGUGCGGCAAAUGAUACGGGAGGAAGGCCUCCUGGUUCUAUGGCGAGGCUUGGGCGCGCGGCUGGCCAAACGAUCUCUCAUGUCUGCCAUGACCUGGACGUCUUUUGAGGAACUGCGGGUUGUCCUUGCAGAACUGAAAAGGUGA